GGCCAUCCUCUUCGUCGAGGCAGAGACGACCAUGACGGCGACGACGACCAUGACGACGACGAGCAAGAAGCCGCGCGGCGCCAAGCCCGAGGCGUCGGCGCACAUGCCCUUCUUCAUGACCAAGAAGAAUGCGCCCAACGUGUGCUUUACGCGCGGACCCCUCAGCCUUGAGAGCGCCUUCCGCGUCGGGCGCCAUGCGACCCAUGGGCUGCACAGCGACCUCUUUGCCGACUUUCCGACCGCGCCCGUUCCGCUCAAGCCCGACUUUGAGCACGAAAACAAGCUGCUCCAGGAAGAGGUGCUCCGCCUCGAGAGCCAACUCGUGACGAUGCGCUGCGACUUGGCGGUCAAAGAAUUCGAGAUCCUCGGGCUCAACUCGGAGAACCAGUACCUUCGGCGCAUGCAGCACCAGACAACGCUCAAGACGGACGACCUCAUCGCCAAGCUCUCGGCGCAGUGCGAGUAUGCGCAAAAGGUGGCCCACGACCAGGAAAUCGCGCUGCGCCGCCAAGCCCGCGAGAUCGAAGAGAGCAAAGCGUGGAUCCUCAACCAGUACUUUACGGGCUGCGUCGACGACAAUGUGCCCAAGCCCGCGUCGUGGGACGACCCGAACACGCUGCGCGUGGAUGUGAUUGAAGCCUCCGCGUCGCUGGUCGCUACGCCGUGGGCCUCAUCGUUCACGUCGAUCGCGACGCCGCUCCUGCGGUCGCCGAGCGCCAAGGCGCAGCAGAAGCUCGUGUCGCAGCUCGAGGACGUCGAGAACCUCCUCGCGCGCUGCGUUGAGCACCAAAAGGCGAGCGUCUCGGAGGUCGCCAACAUUGAAAUGGCCAUGGAAGAGGCCUGUGAGCAGUACUACCACGUCCUCGAUGAACCGAUCGAGGAGCCAACGUGCGCCCUGUCCGAAGUCAAGACGGACGACGAUGCUGCGUUUGAGUUUGACGCACUCAUCUCGGAACUCAACGGCCUCGUGUGCCGGUACGACGCAGUACCUGCCUGCGGAGCGUAGUAGUCGACCCCCUGUAUCUAUAUUUAAUACGAAGACCUCUCCGAUGACAA